AUGGCUGGCUCACUUGCAUCCUCCGUCGCCUCCCUCCAAUCCUCUCUCCAGCUCGUCGAUUCCUCAAUCUCAAUCCUCGACUCUGGCGUCAGCGACUACCCCCGAAUGACAAAAGUCCUGCAAACAACACGACACUUCGAACUUCUCCCAGAACCCACAAUCCGAGACGCCCAGCAAUCCCUCCUAGACGAAAUCACCCCAAGCAUCGCACACCUCCUGUCCCUCGCAACAAAUCACGUCGAGAAACUAUCCCGUCGCGAGGAAGGCCUGCGUGCAAAAUGCGAGUUGCAGGAGGGGCGGAUGAACUCCAGUGAGAGCCGACAGAGUGCAUCUCGUGCAAACAAAAGCGCCGCUCGUGGCAGUGCGGGACAGGGCGCUUCUGCCGCCAAAGCGCUAGAGUUGAGACGUUUAGUCCAGAAGAAAGAGCGCCUUAAGUAUGCGGUCGAGCGUCUGGAGUUGCAGAGUACACAGAGGGAACGCCAGUUGAGAAAGAGUAUGGCCUUUCAGUGA